AUGAAUGGCGUCGCGGAGGUCACCCGUCGCCCAGCGGCCACAGGGUCAAGAAUUCCAGUUACACUUCGUCAGGUCCUGAGCAAUGGGGGUCUUCGGUGGCGCUGGAGAGGAUGGGGAAACGCCUCACCUGAAGCAACAGACUGGAACAAGGAAAGACAGCCACAGCAACAGACUGGAACAAGGAAAGACAGCCACAACAACAGACUGGAACAAGGAAAGACAGCCACAGCAACAGACUGGAACAAGGAAAGACAGGCACAGCAACAACAGACUGGAACAAGGAAAGACAGGCACAGCAACAGACUGGAACAAGGAAAGACAGCCACAGCAACAGACUGGAACAAGGAAAGACAGCCACAGCAACAGACUGGAACAAGGAAAGACAGCCACAGCAACAGACUGGAACAAGGAAAGACAGGCACAGCAACAGACUGGAACAAGGAAAGACAGCCACAGCAACAGACUGGAACAAGGAAAGACAGCCACAACAACAGACUGGAACAAGGAAAGACAGCCACAGCAACAGACUGGAACAAGGAAAGACAGCCACAGCAACAGACGGGAACAAGGAAAGACAGCCACAGCAACAGACUGGAACAAGGACAGACAGCCACAGCAACAGACUGGAACAAGGACAGACAGCCACAGCAACAGACUGGAACAAGGAAAGACAGCCACAGCAACAGACUGGAACAAGGACAGACAGCCACAGCAACAGACGGGAACAAGGAAAGACAGCCACAGCAACAGACUGGAACAAGGAAAGACAGGCACAGCAACAACAGACUGGAACAAGGACAAACAGUCACAGCAACAGACUGGAACAAGGAAAGACAGGCACAGCAACAACAGACUGGAACAAGGACAAACAGGCACAGCAACAGACUGGAACAAGGAAAGACAGGCACAUCAACAACAGACUGGAACAAGGACAAACAGUCACAGCAACAGACUGGAACAAGGACAGACAACCACAGCAACAGACUGGAACAAGGAAAGACAGGCACAGCAACAACAGACUGGAACAAGGACAAACAGUCGCAGCAACAGACUGGAACAAGGAAAGACAGGCACAGCAACAACAGACUGGAACAAGGACAAACAGUCACAGCAACAGACUGGAACAAGGACAGACAACCACAGCAACAGACUGGAACAAGGAAAGACAGGCACAGCAACAGACUGGAACAAGGAAAGACAGCCACAACAACAGACUGGAACAAGGACAAACAGGCACAACAACAGACUGGAACAAGGAAAGACAGCCACAACAACAGACUGGAACAAGGACAAACAGGCACAGCAACAGACUGGAACAAGGACAAACAGGCACAGCAACAGACUGGAACAAGGACAAACAGGCACAGCAACAGACUGGAACAAGGACAAACAGUCACAGCAACAGACUGGAACAAGGACAAACAGCCACAGCAACAGACUGGAACAAGGAAAAAUAAAGACACAGCAGAACUAAAACAUUAA